ACAACUUCAUGUGAAACUCAAGCUGCUUUUCAUAUUGUUAGGAGUGUUUGAAGGCGUGUCAGCAGUGGUAGACUUUACCAGCGUGACAGCUUCUGGCCCUUCGAGUCCGUAUAACAACCUACACGUAUUCAUUGCAAGUUAUUUGGUGACUGGUGAUGAGCCCACAGCAACCAAAAAAGAAGAGCUUGGUUUAACACGAUUCAUACGGACGGGUACAGGUACCGACAUGACUGGGUGGACGAAUUCUUCUGAUUCUUUACCAUCGACAUUGCCAGACAAUGUAAAGAGUAAGAUAUAUAAAGUUCCCAAUGCCACUACAGGAAGCGUCGGUGUGUUCGAAUGGAGGUAUGGCUCUAACACAGUGAAAACGAUACGGAUGAGAUCCACAGCAUCCCUUGUACCAGCCUUCGUAAGCCGUACUGUCAACAUCGGCGAUGAUGUUGCUCUGACCGUUACCAGAAACACAGAGGAUAUAACGAUUUCAAAAAGCAAAUGGAAGAAAGACAACGGUAUUACGAUGAACGCGGACAUCCUGGACUUCAACAUAGCCAAUGCUAGUACCAACGACAGUGGUAUUUAUGAGUGCCAUUAUAAACAUGAACGUGGCAAAGGAAACCAGGCGCUACUGAGAUUGAUUGUUAGAGGAUGCCCACAACAUAAAUAUGACCUAACGGAUUGUAGCAACAAGUGUCCGAGAUGUCUUAAUGGUGGCGUUUGUUCUGACGUUGAUGGUGACUGCAUUUGUCCACCUGGGUUUGGUGGUAAAAUUUGUGGAGAAGUAAAAGGACCGAACCGCUUUGGCCAAAAAGGGAGCCUCCGCUGCGAUGCUGUUGGGUUGCCUCACGAUGGUUCUACCUGCAAAGGAAUGCUGUUCUGUUUACCGGAUCCAUACGGAUGCAGCUGUGCCGCUGGGUACCAGGGACUUGAGUGCAAGACAGAUUGUCACGAUGGAACUUACGGUGCCAACUGUGACCAGAACUGUCACUGUGCCGACAGUGCGUCAUGUGAUGGAACAACGGGUGAAUGUGAUGGAGACUGUGCAGCGGGAUACAAAGGAGACAACUGCCAAGUACAAUGUACCUCUGGUGAAUUUGGUUUGAACUGUAACCAGACUUGUCACUGUGCGGACGUGGAAUCAUGUAAUGGAACAACGGGUCGGUGUAUCGGAGACUGUGCAUCGGGAUACAAAGGAGAUAACUGUCAAGAGCAAUGUCUUCUCUACGAAUAUAAGCUAUCGUGCAGUACGACUUGUACAAUAUUAGAUCCCAACAUGAUACCCCGACGUCUCAGUGUGUCUUCUUAUUCUGCUGACGAUUCAUUCACUCACACAUUAUCAUGGGAACCAGUAAUCUGCCCAGCAAAAGGCUUCAGUAUUGUGAACUACGUAUAUAAGGUCCUUGAUGGACGUGGGAGUGAAGUUGAACCUGUUGAAAUCGAGGGUACUUCUGUCAACCUUCACUUGACUAAUUGCACAAGAUAUCAACUCGAAGUUGCUGCACGAACGAGUAAAGGCAUCGGGAUUUACAGUGAAGAAAUCUACACGACUAAAUCAACGGUUCCCAAUCCUGUAGCAAGCGUAACCGUGUCUCCAACAAGCCAUAAUCAACUUGCAGUAUCAUGGGAUACUCCUCUUACCGACAAUCAGAGUCCUUGUCAUGCCACUGAAUACCUGGUGACAUAUGACCUUAUACAACUUGAGCAGUGUGAGGUGGCAAGUAGAGGUAUUGAAACAUUGACCACAACCAACACUACACUCACAAUUGAGAGACUUGAAGCGUACUCAACAUACUGGGUGACUGUUACAUCGAAAAACCAAGCUGGAAGUAGUACCCCCGUCUCCACAACUAUGACGACAAAAGAAACAAAACCAGAAGCACCAACUGUAAUUGUCGACUCGACAUCGACAGAUUACAUCGAGUUCGCAUGGGAGCUUCCAUGUGGAAGAACGGGUGGCAACAUAACAGAGUACCGAUACAAGUAUAAAAAAGCAACAGACAAUAAGUUCAUGCAGACUACCACAACAACGGAUACACGUAUAAGGAUAACUUCCUUAACGCCAUGCACUUCAUAUGUAUUUCAAGUGACAGCUUUGAACAGCAUUGGAAAGGGAACGUGGUCCAAUGAGACUAGGCAAAAUACAACACAAAAGGAACCUUUGGGUGUCAGGAAUUUAAGCGUUGAACCAGGCAGCCAAGGUAUACUGGUUGCGUCUUGGGAAGACAGAGGAGUUGGCCAUACAAAUAAUCCGUGCCUCGCUUCUAACUACCUUGUGACCUAUGAACUCAUCAAUCUGGAUCAAUGUGGGGAGGGUGAUCAAUCUGAUGGCUCACUGAGCACUACAGAUACAACCAUCACUGUCGAGGGUCUUCACCCAUACUCUACAUACAAAAUAAGUGUAACAUCGAGAAAUGAAGCUGGCGAUGGACCCACGAAAUCCAAAUCAGCGAUUACAACAGAAAGAAGUUUCGGGAUUGCGCCUACAUUCAAUAGCAGUAGAGUGACAUCAACUAGCAUCCGCAUCACGUGGAACCCCAUCCCAUGUGGUAGUAGAGGAGUUCGUAUCACUGGUUACGGCGUGAGUUUGUCUCGACAAAACGGGCAGAGCAAGCGAGACAACCUACAGCAAGUGCCAAACACUUCUGUAUCUGCACAGUUUGACCAGUUAUUCCACUGUACAACAUACAUUAUCACCGUAACUACUACACGACUUAGGGGUGAAGGGACAUCGUUUAGCCGUGAAAUAGAAACUGACUCAAUUGAACCUUUGGGUGUCAAGAAUUUAAGCGUUGAACCAGGCAGCCAAGGUAUACUGGUUGCGUCUUGGAAAGACAGAGGAGUUGGCCAUAAAAAUAAAACGUGCCUUGCUUCUAGUUAUUAUGUGACCUAUGAACUCAUCAAUCUGGAUCAAUGUGGGGAGGGUGAUCAAUCUGAUGGCUCAUUGAACACUACAGACACAACAACCACUGUCGAGGGUCUUCAUCCAUACUCUACGUACAAGAUAAGUGUAACAUCGAGAAAUGAAGCUGGCGAUGGCCCCACGAAAUCCAAAUCAGCGACUACAGCAGAAAGAAGUCUCGGGAUUGCGCCUACAUUUAAUAGAAGUGAAGUGACUGCUAGUAGCAUCAGCAUCACUUGGAACCCCAUCCCAUGUGGCAGCAGAGGAGGCAGUAUCACAGGCUACAUCUCAAAGUUGUUUUUAAAAGGAAAUAUCCAAAUUCAAGAUGACGUGAUUGGUGAGAGUACGUCUGUACAGUUUGACGAGUUGGCUCCAUGUACAAACUACACCAUCGCUGUAACUACAGACGGAGCAAGCAUAGGCACAUCAUUUGAGCGGGAAGAGACCACAUUUACUGUCGAACCUUUGGGUGUCAAGAAUUUAAGCGUUGAACCAGGCAGCCAAGGUAUACUGGUUGCGUCUUGGAAAGACAGAGGAGUUGGCCAUAAAAAUAAAACGUGCCUUGCUUCUAGUUAUUAUGUGACCUAUGAACUCAUCAAUCUGGAUCAAUGUGGGGAGGGUGAUCAAUCUGAUGGCUCAUUGAACACUACAGACACAACAACCACUGUCGAGGGUCUUCAUCCAUACUCUACGUACAAGAUAAGUGUAACAUCGAGAAAUGAAGCUGGCGAUGGCCCCACGAAAUCCAAAUCAGCGACUACAGCAGAAAGAAGUCUCGGGAUUGCGCCUACAUUUAAUAGAAGUGAAGUGACUGCCAGUAGCAUCAGCAUCACUUGGAACCCCAUCCCAUGUGGCAGCAGAGGAGGCAGUAUCACAGGCUACAUCUCAAAGUUGUUUUUAAAAGGAAACAUCCAAAUUCAAGAUGACGUGAUUGGUGAGAGUACGUCUGUACAGUUUGACGAGUUGGCUCCAUGUACAAACUACACCAUCGCUGUAACUACAGACGGAGCAAGCAUAGGCACAUCAUUUGAGCGGGAAGAGACCACAUAUACUGUCGCUCCAGGAAGAGUGACCGUGCUACGAGCAAACCCAACCCCAGACGCAACCCAGAUCCAUGUUACUUGGCUGAACCCCAACGCCAACAACUGCCCAGUUUCUAAGUACAAAGUAGAAUAUCAACUUACGAACAGGGACCAGUGUGACAGAGACGUAACCCAGAAUCGUGAGCAGUGGCUUGAUGGCUCCCAGUCACCAACAACCAUAACUGGAUUAGACCCUCACUCCACGUAUCGUGUAUACGUCACGCCUUCUAACAGUGCAGGAGCAGGGGAAGAAGUAUCAGUGACAGUCAAUACCAACAAUACUGCACCUUCCGGUCCUCCAAGAGAUUUGAAGUUUUUUGAUGUUACCAACCAAACCAUAUCAUUCUCAUGGAAACGACCAGUGUGUGGUCAGCGUAACGGAAUCAUAACCCAGUAUCAUUACAGACUCAUCGACAGUGAAGAGGAAGUACUCGAGGAAGAUACAACCUCUAGUACUGGGACAGAAUUCACUGGCCUCGUUCCUUUUAUGUCAUACAAUUUGUCAGUAUCUGCAGAGAAUCAGUUUGCUUCAGGACCAGUUGCUUCAAUUACGACUCGAACACAAGAAGGAAUUCCUCCGCCCCCAAGCAAAGUCAUUUUUUCAGUUACGAGGAGCGACAGGAUCACCGUAGCGUGGAACGCUCCUAGUCCUCCUCAUGGCACCAUCAUCAGCUACGAGAUCCGCUAUUGGAAGACGGGGUCAGGGAACCAGACAUCGGAUGAUACAGUGAAAAUCACAAAGCAGCUUGCUAGUCGGGGCCAGACGAAGAGGAUCUCUAGUUUGGAAGGGAGUAUCAGUUACUCAGUCCAGGUCCGAGCUGAGACAAGUGUUGGACAUGGUCCAUGGAGUGACAUCUCAACCGUUGCUACUGAUCCCGGAGAGCCAAGUCAACCGCGAUCUCUGAUCGCUACAGAGAUUACCCAGACGAGCAUCACACUCAGUUGGGGAAAGCCACAAUAUCCAAAUGGGAAGAUCGUACAUUACAUUGUUGAGCACCGUGUACAGGCCCGCCCAUACGACCGAAGCUUCAACUUUUACACUCACUCGGAAUUUCGGAACUCAAAGGUAUUGGCUACGUCUUUAAAUGAAGUUAUCAGCGAUUUGGAACCUUCUACACAAUAUGAGGUUCGGGUUCGGGCAGUAAAUAAUGCCAAUAUGAGUGGAAAUAUUUCACAAGUGGAAGUCUUCACUGAAUUACCAUUGGAUCUUACUCCACCUGAUAAGCCGGCUCUCAUCGGGGCGGAGUCGAGUGUCACACAUCUGACCAUCCGACUAGCCAGUACCAAUGCCUCUAAAUAUACCAGUUCUUACCAGAUUGGUGUGAAGAGCAUUGCUGGUGAUUCGACCUUGACUGGCAAAAUAUCCAAACGAUCUGCGCCUGAAUUUCUGCACCACGACAACAAUCCAUCUGCUUAUGUUGCUGCUGAAUUACCUGGAAGACUCCCAGAAAAGUUUGUCGUUGGUGACAACAAAACCUACGGCGGGUACUGGAACCCACCGCUGCAAGAGGACGCUGUGUACGAGAUCUACGUCGGUGCUGUCAGCAGAAUAAAUGAAACGAAAGCGAGCGUGGUUUGGAAUGACGAACCAUUGACAGUGGAAGUGGAUGGAGAUUACUCGGAACCUAGCGCUGCUGGAUCGGUUGUUGCCGUUAUACUCAUUCUUCUGGUGUUAGUCAUCAUUGUUUUGCUCGCCGCUGUUUUCUUACGCAAGUGGAAAGAAGGAAAGGCAGUGGAUGGACAUAAUGGUGUGAAUGCAGCUUCUCUCAACCCACCAGACUAUGAAGACAUUGAGCUUUCAAACCGUGGCUGUGAUGCAUCCGCUGACAAAGUCUCCCGUUCAUCUACCGACCACUCCUCCGGACAGUCGGCCAGUAUCCCCGGCCCAUCUGCACCGAAAUCACCCACUAAGGAUCAGUCUGGUGCCGGUCCGUCAACAUCAACCAAGCCGGCUAUCAAACAGAAGCCGAAUGUUAGGUCCAGACCCAAGUCAAAGAGUGCUGUUAAGGGUGCAUCUGGUUCAUCAACUACGGGAGCCGUGACCAUGACUGAUCUAGCACGGUUCAUAAAAGCGAGAAAGUCUGGAAAGAUCAACGCAUUUCAGCAAGAUUUUGAGACGCUCCCACCUGCCCCCAACCAUCCCCAGACGGUCGCAUUAGAUGAUGCGAACAAGAAGAAGAACAGAUACAAAAAUAUCUCUGCAUACGACCACUCACGUGUUGUGCUUGAGCCACUUGAAGGACAUCCACAUUCGGACUACAUCAACGCAUGUUACAUUGGCGGAUACAAGUACGAUGCCAAGUAUAUUGCAUGCCAAGGUCCCAAUCAGACGACCGUGAACGACAUGUGGCGCAUGGUAUGGCAGGAACGUGUCGGAAAGAUCAUCAUGCUCACAAACCUCGUAGAGAAUGGAAAGGAUAAAUGUGAGAAAUACUGGCCAGACGUAGAGUCUUCCACUAAUUAUGGUGAAAUUUUCGUCAGAAAUGUUGAAGAAAAGACUAGUCCGACCUUCAUCUUGAGAACUAUGCACUUGUCAAAAAGCAGCGAGCCCGAGGGCGAGUACCGUGAGGUUCUGCAGUAUCAUUACAUCACAUGGCCCGAUAUGAAACCACCCGAGUCAUCGUCACUUCUACAGUUUAUUGGACGAGUACACGCCUCAGAAACGACACAACAUGGUCCUACUAUCGUGCACUGCAGUGCUGGGGUUGGCCGAACUGGAACCUACAUAGCAUUGGACGCCAUGAUGGAACAGGCUCAGGCAGAAGGACAGGUCGAUGUACUCAGCUUUGUGCGGAGCAUGAGGGACAAGCGCUACUUGAUGGUUCAAACUGUGGGUCAGUUCAAGUUCAUCUACGAGGCUUUGUUGGAGUCCAGUCUGUCCGAGAACACCGCUAUCUCAGUGGAUCGAUUCUCACAAGAUCUUAUCAAACUGAAAAAGCGUGAUAAGAAAACUGGAACAAACGGCAUGGAAGACCAAUUCCAGAUGUUAGAUACUUUCACCGCAUCAAUGAGUGACGACCAGUGCUAUGGAGGGAGGCAGCCUGACAACGCAGACAAGAACAGAUUUGAGGAUUGCAUUCCAAGGGACAGCACCAGACCAUACCUGAUGACAACAGGUGACGAAGGUAGCACUAACUACAUCAAUGCUACAUUCUUAGAGGGUUCCAGAGGCAAGCACUCCUACCUGGCCACACAAGCUCCCCUACCCAGCACGAUGGGUGAUAUCUGGCGGCUGGUGUUUGACUACAAAUCAUCCUGCAUUAUUAUGCUCAACUCCACGGACAAUGACCCGAGCAUCCCACAGUACUGGCCGGAGGAGGGCAGCAUGAGCUUCGGACCACUGACUGUCGAGUUACUGAGUGAGGAUCAACGCGACGAGGACAUGGUCGUGCGACAGUUUGGCAUCACGUACCCACUCAGAAAUCAGAAGGAGGUGCAGACUGUAUGCCAUAUCCAGUUCCUGCAGUGGCCCAAAAAGAAGGACAUCCCCAGCUCGCCAUCUAGUCUCCUUAAAUUGAUUGAGGCUGUCAACACGUGGACGGAGGAGCAUCCUGAUGGACCACUCACAGUCCACUGCAUUGACGGAGAGGGUUGCAGUGGGACAUUCUGCACCCUAAUCACCCUCUUAGAUCGACUAGAGCAGGAUGGGGUCAUUGACGUCUUCCAGGCAGUUAAGAAACUCCGCUCAACUCGAGCUGGAAUGGUCAAGACAUUGGCUCAGUACCAGCUGUGCUAUCAAGUGGUCAAGACGUAUCUGGAUGAAGCUUCAUCGUCAACUAUCUAUGAGAACGUACACCGUUAAACGGGAUCACAUAUUUUUCAUGCAUUAAAGUAUCAGUUUGGCUGCGUAAAUUUAUCAUUAUCCUUAUCAAGUAUUGUCUAUGCAUAUAACAAGCUUUUUUUUAUAUAAUUAAGAUUAAGUGUAUUGAUUAACAAGUAUACACAUUUGCAUAUACAAGAUUGGUUAGUUACAAUAAGUUAAAGUCAUAUGCUUAAUUGCUAUAAUAACCAUUUUUUUAUGUUGACCAUUACACAAAUGAUUACCAAGGAAUUGUUCUAAAUCAUGAGGAGUCAGUCCGUUUCCCCUACUGAAAAACCGAAAUGGUUUUGCCAAGGCAAAACAGUGUAUGCUUAGUCUCUGGUAUGCAUUGAUAAGCUGAAAUGUCAAGUAUCAGCAGUGUGAACAAUUUUCAUAGAAAAGUAAUUUGUCUCAAUACUGAAAACUGAGAUCACAACUUUGUUGUACUCAUAGACCUAUUGUUGUCACAGCGCUGUAAUUAUUCAAGUUUCCAGGGGGAAUAGAACCGCGUGUGUAUACAACCAAUGGAGGAAUCUGUAGUCAAUCUAAAGUGACAGUCCAACAAAAU